AUGGGCAACUCUUGUACAUUAAAAUAAGAAAGCCCAAAUGAAGAAAAUAUCGAAAUUCAAAAUGAUGAAUCAUAUUAAACUCGAACAGUGAAAAUUCCAGUGUUUACAGGAAAAUUAGGAUUGAAUUUUAAAUUAGAUGAAGGAAUACAAAAAGUAAGACCAAAUCAAGAUUACGAAUCAGUUUAGGAUAUCUCAACAUAAAGAAAUUUGCAAGACUCUAAUGCUCUACAGGUUUAUAUAAUAAAUUAGAUAGCUUUUUAUUAUAGUACAUAUAAAAUGAAGAUUCAUGUAAAAGUUAUUUGAAAUAAAAACACACUGGAGAUUUUCUAUAAGAAAUAUGUUCAAAUGAGGUAGUUUCAUAAAAAGUAUUGAUUAAAAAUAAAGAAGUUGAAUACGAAGAUUAUUAUGAUUGAAUAAGGGAAAACGAUUGGGAUUAAUUUAAAUUUUAAACAAUACUUAUAAUGA